AUGGGUGUGGCGGAUGAUCUUUUACCUCUAGUGUGUCGCGAUGUGUGCACUCUUACGGAACUCCCGCCGCGGCGGUUCUGGUACAGCUUCAUUUGUAUCCUCCAGCAAGCCUACCAAAACUCGUUACGACACCGAUCCUCGUACGCCCCCUCCACCUCCACCUCGACCAUGCCCACAACAGCUGACAGCUCGCUUGACCAAGCUGGCAGCCAACCCCCCUCCCGCAGUGAGCUCUGUUCCAGUGCUAUACAAGACCUUGAACCCGCUCUCGAAGACACCGCGACGACUGCCCCAACGGCGGAGACAAACCCAACCACGGACCUACAAGCGGCCCUCACAUAUCGUAAGCAAUUGAGCUCAGAUGACUCGAACUACCCAAUCAUACAAGACUAUUCAACCCUACAAAACAAACUUUUAUCGCCUGAUGAAUUGACCUGUACGUGGGAAUGCGGGCUUGCCAGACUUGUGGCCCAAGCAAUCGAACGACUGGUGAACCUGCUUCAGGCGUUCAUCGACAAUAACCCUAACAAAGUGAAUAGCGAGCAUAUGCAAAGAUCAAUGUUCUAUCUUGGCAUCUGCGUUGGGAUCGUGUGUGGAGUGGGAGAGUAUAGUCGCAUUCCGGAGCAACGCCGGUUAGUGGUUUUGCCAGCCGGGGGCGCCUGCGGACUCUUGACGAACGAAUGUCGCGAAAUGACCAAGUUUCGAUCGAGCUGCUGGGCCACGGUGCUGCUGUACAAGACGGCCCUGCUGCGAGCAGAACAAGCAUCAGGUGUCCGUCUGGCACUGCUGCUCGACGAUUGA